AUGGCAAGCAGGCCGACCGUCACCGUCAUCUCCGCCGAUGGCUCCGCCAGCGAGCAGACACACCCUCUCCCAGAGGUCUUCAAGGCCCCGAUCCGCCCGGACAUUGUUCAGACCGUCCACACCGGAAUGGCGAAGAACAAGAGGCAGCCGUAUGCCGUGAGCGAGAAGGCUGGCCAUCAGACCUCCGCUGAGUCUUGGGGUACCGGACGUGCCGUCGCCCGUAUCCCUCGUGUCUCUGGUGGUGGUACCCACCGUGCCGGUCAAGCCGCAUUCGGAAACAUGUGCCGCUCUGGUCGCAUGUUUGCACCGACAAAGGUGUGGAGGAAGUGGCACCAGAAGAUCAACCUCAACCAGAAGCGCUUUGCAACCGUCUCCGCUCUCGCUGCGUCUUCAAGCCCUGCUCUUCUCAUGGCCCGCGGUCACCAAGUUUCCACCGUUCCGGAAGUACCGCUGGUCGUGUCCUCCUCCGCCUUCACCGACAGCGCCAUUGUUAAGACCUCCGCUGCUCUUGCUCUCCUGAGGGCUGUCGGUGCGGGACCGGAUGUCGAGAAGGUGAAGAACAGCCGCAAGCUCCGCGCUGGAAAGGGCAAGCUACGUGGCCGGAGGCACCGCCAGCGCCGCGGCCCACUCGUCGUUUACAGCCCCGAGGAGGAUGGCAAGGAUCUCGUGCGCGCUUUCCGCAACAUCCCCGGCGUCGAGACCUCGUCUGUGUACGCCUUGAACCUUCUCCAGCUCGCUCCAGGUGGUCACCUUGGCCGCUUUAUCGUCUGGACCUCCUCUGCGUUCGCAGCCCUCGACAAGAUCUACGGCACAACCACCGAGGCCUCCGCGCUGAAGAAAGACUUCCUCCUCCCAUCCGCCCUCAUCUCCCAACCCGACCUCCCCAAGCUCAUCAACUCCUCCGAGGUCCAGGCCGUCCUCCGACCCGUCAAGGGCGGCUCCAUCACCAAGCGCGCCGUUGUGCAGAAGAAGAACCCGCUCAGGAACAUGCAGGUGUUGCUGAGGCUCAACCCAUACGCUGCGCAGUACAAGAAGGAGAAGCUGGGUCAGCAGAAGGUGGAGCAGGACAAGCCGGCUCCGAUGCCGGAGGCUUUCGGCACCAUGUUGCAUGAGAACUAG